GGAAAAUCCGAAGCAUAAUAAACAAGAAGAAAGGAAAAUGGUAACAACAGCAGCACAGGAGACUGAGGAGUUCGCUUAUUUACCGCCACCAACCCACGAUGCCUCGAUAUACAAGCAAGAGGGUGUUAAGGAGAAGUUGAUCCGCAAGACCAAACAGAAUCCGUUUGUUGUCGUGGGUAUUGCUUUAACAACCUUUGCGUUAACUUAUGGAAUCUAUCAGCUGAAGACUGGCAACCGACAGGUGUCACAGAGUAUGAUGCGGUUGAGAAUUGUAGCCCAGGGCUCCACAGUACUGGCUGUUCUAGGAGGAGUAUUCUAUGGAGCAAAGACACAGGGGACGAAGAAAUGAUUAAUUGAGUAGUUACUGCCAGCCGGCUGUAUUUAUGUACAUGGAAGGUUUUUUUUCUGUGUUUUGUGCUAACACUUAACUAUAUAUACACACAUCAUGUUGACUCUGUGGUGCAAAGUUUUAGGGUACAGAGUGAAAUAUAAAAACAUAUUAAAAAUUGCUAGGGUUAUCUGCACUUGCUGAAUGUGCCUGGCAUGUUUAGUGUGGCAAACAGCCUCUUUCAUAUACAGAGUAACAAAAGAAAUACCAGUAUGCUGUGAACAACAUUAAUAAUCCCAUAGUGUUUAUUAUUAUGUCUUAUAUUAAUUAAAACAAAAUCUUCCUGUCUGUUGGCUUAAAAUCUCAAAAUUUAGUGUCACAUGACCGUUCUAAAACAACACAUUUUAUUUUUAUGUUCCACCUUGCUUUUUUUUUGUCAGUAUAUUUUUUAUGUGUUCUUGUAUCUGUACCAGUACUCUGUAAAUGAAUAAUCUUAAUUUGUUUGCAGACAUUGACCUGUUGUAGCUUUUUGUGUUGUACUGUAGUAAUGUGUACCUUUUGAUAUGUCACAUGUAUGUGUACAAAUAUAUUAUAAUUAUUUGAUGCUUCAAGGGACUACCCUGUAUUUUUUGACAUGUGUUUGACUGACAGAUCCUUUUUACGAACUAUAAUUACAAAUAAAAUAUAUUUCUUGUUUAAAAUGUCCAUGUCUGUAUAUUCAGUUAGUUAAAAUGUUUGUUGUGGUUCAGAUUUCAGUUUACUUCCUAGUAAUACACAUUAUGUAUGUGUAUAUAUAAAAUUGUUUGGAAGGACAAUCCAAUUUGAGUUAUUACAAACAUUAAGUCCACAAUGAACUCAUUGUAUAUAGAGACAAUGAGAGUAUAUACCAGAACAGUUAUUUGUAUGUAAUUUUAGUCGUUAAAAUAUUCUAAAACAUGUUACAACAGCAGAAAACACAGGACAGUCUCUUUAAACAAAUUUGUGGUCGCAGCCAAUGUGAAAGAUCAAACUAAGACAAUCCCCAAAUAAACACAAUUUUCGCAAUAUAAAUGUCUUAUUGUAUGCCAAGAUUAGUAAUCUGUACAUAGGAAAUUAGCAGUUAAAACUGGGUUAAAAUUGGUUUUGUUUAGCAACACAGUUAGAGCACAUUGCUUUAUUAAUCAUUCUUUAAAGGAAACCUGCUACGUUUUCCAAUUACCAGCCAAGGAUAAUUUUUAUGCACUACAGACAGGACAUUACAUACUUUGGCCUUUGAUAAGUUUACGAGUCUUUGGGGCACUGGUUGACACAGGAAAAAACCCAUCAACGAAAGGGUCCUCUAAGGGGAUUUGAUCCUUCAACCCAAUUACUUGAGGGAAGUUCUCUACCAACUGAGCUAGAGCUAAAUCCUGCCCGCUAGGUCAGUUUUAAUGGCAUUGAAUCUUAAUACUAACUAACAAAUAGUUAUGCUGCAUUUGAGCGUGAUAAUGUGAACUUGAAUUUUAAGAAUGUCAAGUCAAAGCAUUUGUGAUGAAACUGUACCCCAUCCCUGACCCCUAUAAGUUGUGAUUACAAUGGAUUUAUACAUACUUAGUAAGCUAUAGCCAAUGUCGUUAUACUUAGAUAUGUAUGUGCCAUGCCAAGCAUGGAGUUGCUUCCCUUGUGUUCUUUAUGGCUACAUAUUUGUCAUUUUACAUGAUGGGUUGCGUUACUCUGAUUUUUAGUGUGUGUGGGGGUUUUUUUCUCGUUUUUUUAAAUAGAUUAAUCAUUGAAUAAAUAGCGAACAUAGUUUGUACGAGGUUUUUAAAAGUAUGCUCUGUGUUGAAAGAUGGCUGUUACGGUGACUGGUUUUAGAAAUGUUUUUUUUUCUAACGGUAAUAUAUUUUGUCAGAAAGUUUGUUUUGUAUAUGUACAUAGUAGCCAUUAUGAUUAUAUCAGAAAUAAGUAAUGCCAUCAGGUUUAUACGAGGAGUAAUUCAAUUAUGUUUGGAGUGUAAUUUUAUGCUACUACACAGACGAUGACGAAACAAAUGUGGGACGUUGCUAAAUUUUAUAAUUUAAACAAAAAGUGGUAAUGUUAAAACUAAUA